AUGCCACAGUCACAACAAUAUCCCCGUGCUGCAGUCUUGACUAUUUUUAUCAGUGCCUGUUUGGAGUCCUACUUCCUUCUUGUUGUGGUUCCUGAGCUGAACAAGCCUACAUUGCUGAAGCUCCGAGUGGUGUUGGCAAGUGGUCAAAUUGUCCUAGAAAACAACAGUGGACUUGAAAACUGGUUCCCAAACACUGCUUUGACAACCGUUGGCGUAGUAGAUUCAGUUAUUGAAUGCGGCAUGCUGUGUAAAGAGGCCGGGUUUGUCAGUGGAACCAUCAAUGGCUACAAUUGUGACAUAGUUGACGACAGUUGCCUGAAAUUGUUGUCUAAUAAACGGACAUGGUCAUUCGCAAGUGCGGAAUGUGCUUCCGAAGGGGCAACACUCCUCUAUAUCGAUAGCAACAGUGAGCAACUGGCCAUUCAACAGUUCAUGGCAGACCAAGGACUUUCUAAUGUCUGGCUAGGAAUUAAUGACGUCACAGUGGAGGGUGACUGGAGAAACGAGGAUGGAACCAAACCAAGUGCUUACAAUAACUUUAAACUUGGGCAACCCGAUGAUCAAUUCCCAGGUCAAGACUGUGGGAAAGUGAGGGAAAAAGAUGGAUAUGAGUGGGAUGAUGACAAAUGUAUAAACGUGGACAGUGUCAUAUGUGAAAUCAAAAAGGUUGGUUUUCCGUAA